AUGUCGCUGCUGCGGUGGCUCUUGGCGCCUGCGGGGUACUCCCUGCUACUCGGGAUCGUCGGGUGUGAAGCGAUCAGUGUCGAACUGUCGGAAGUUCUACCCAUCGAAGAAGCGUACGCUACCGGAGAGCACGCCGGCUUGUCGGCGUCCUCCAUCGAGGAUUUCUAUGGGGGCGAAGACCCUAUCGACGGGGACUGCGCCGUCGGGAGAUGUGUGGGACUGUUGACUCGUGAUGGCUCUCUUGAGUUGGACUCCCGUUACGGCUGCACACCACCCUACGCUGGCUUCUGCGGCGUAGACUUCGCCCUUUCCGCCGACUUUGUGGACAAGAGCAUUCUGGGGGGAGUAACAAUUGCGCUUCACCCUGACAGCAUGAGCAAGCUCCGGGUGCUCGUGGACGGUGCCACUAUUCUGGAGGAGUGGGACGCCGUCCCCGGGUCAUCGGAGCUGCAAGAAAUCCCCGGCCUUGAAGGUGUCGAAGGCGGACGCCUCAGCAUCGAAGGCGUCGAGGGCGCCGGGGAUUAUCUCGCCAUCCUUGAGGUGGGGAUCUACAUCGUUGUUGACGAGGUGGAGCCUCUCGGCGUGUCAGCCAGCACCCGGACGUCGAUCUCCGCCACCGCAACCACCAACAAUGCCUCGGCCAUCCUAACCUUGGACGGCGACGCAACGGACGGGUCGUCGUGGGCUUGCCUGUCGUCGGAAGGGGCGUGCGAAAUCACGUACGAUCUGCAGGCCGUGGAAUCCCUCCAGCAGCUCCGUAUUGCAUUCUCUACCAACACCGACGCGGGCGCCAAGCUCAACGUCUUGGCCGCCGGCGAGUCCGGGGUGUUCUCCUACGUGAGGUCGGGCCUCGAGGCCGGAGGCCGGCCCCUCGGGAGCGACGGCUUGCAGACCUUCGGCGGCGUGCUUGCCCUGGCUCGCUACGUCAGAAUUGAGGCCGUGCCCUCCGGUGAAGGCGGAGCAAUCGUGAUCAACGAGGUGGAACUCCGCGUCGGAGACGCUCCCGUGCGCCCUGUGUCCGAAAAGGCCUGGCUCCAGCCCACCGGCAUGCUGCCGCUGGCGGCAGACACGGGCAGCUCCGGCCACCCAAACUUCGACAACAGGGAGCCCAGCGCCGGCGGUUGUGAUUCUCCAGCCCACUUCGAGGGAUGCCACGUGUAUUACAUCAAGGACGGCGACAUGUCGGACGAUUCUCGAUGGACCUGCGGCCCUCUAGCGGCGGGGAACUUGGUCUCCAACAACGAGGAUUGCCACCUCAUGCUCAGCCUCAACUACUUCCGUUACGUCCGCCAAAUUCAGUUUGCAUUCCACAUGGGCGACGAGCAAUACAACGAGUUCAGCAUUGAGACGGUCGUUUCCUCUGCGAUCAGCUCGGGAGACUCCACGGACUAUCAGACGUUCGACAUUGAAGUGCACACCAACGAGAUCAGGCUGGUGCCCGUGUUUCAACGAGUCGAUCAGUGGAUCGGCAUCAAGGAGAUGGUGAUCCUCGAGACAAAGGAGAUGGGCUUCAUUAACGGGACGCUUCCGGUGUUCGACUACAGCUAUUGGUUCCCACGUGGGGACGGCGGCGACGACGAUAGCAGCGGUGACUCGGACGAAGACGUACCUACCCGGUUCGAGUUCCACAUGCCGAGGCCGGAAGACUACUUCCAGUUCAGAGUACCCCCCUCGACGGUGACAGCGGUGAAGCUAAGGUUCCCUUCCGACAGGCAGUUCGUCUUCAGAGUGAGCUACGACGAGAUCGAAACCGACGAGGAAAUCGUGGAGGAGUUCACCAGCGCCGGAGGACCCGACACCAUGGAAACGUUCACGUUGUCAGCUCCAGCCGAUGUCGAACGUUUUGUGUACAUCACGGCCGUGAGCGGACCGACGUUCGAGAGCCAACCAGAUUACCCGACCUUGAGGGUGAUCGACUUCCAGAUUGUGGGCGAGAUCAAAAAGGACCCCGGCCACUUCGAGGUCGUCACGACGACGAUGACAGUGUGGAGGGUAGUGCCGGACAUCAUCGGCGACGGGGUUUCCGACCAGGAGGAGAUCAUGACGACCAUCUGCGAGACCAAGGGGGGCGCCUUCGACGGCACGGACUGCGUCGGCGAGCUGGACGACUCUUCGGUCCACAUCAGCAUGAAGAACGGGCACUACUUUUUGGACGGCCCUGUUUUCUUGAAGAGCGGGGUGACUUUGUCGGGCGGGGACUACUCGUACAAUGAGCCUAGCAGAACAUAUCUCGUGCUACACAACCACACCAGGCUGGAAGACGCCGUGAUCGUGAUCGAUGGAGUGACCGGCGGCGAGGUGGAUUCCGUCUACAUCGAGCACCAGACACCCAUGACAGGAGAUAUAACUCCUGGAACAUUAGGAAACCUUUGCUUGGAGGUCCGGGGCUCACAGGACCUCAAGCUUGCUGAAAUCGACUGCCACCAGGCCCGCACGGGCGCCGCGCGAUUCGUCGACUCCAAGAACAUCUCGGUGUCCGUCAUCAGGGACGGCGAGUACGAGACGGGGAACUUCAUGGAGGUCGAUGGUGUCGACGACUUCCAUUUCGAGGGGAUUCCCGAAGUCGCGGGGCUGCGAAUCGAGGACAGCAACAACGUGGUUCUCCAGGGGGGAGCUUCAAACGUCUACGAAGUCCCAACACCGGUGUUCUUGCCCCCUACCGGUGGAGAUCAAGCGGCAAGCGUAGUGAUCACCGGUGCAUCGUCCGGGAUAGUUUUCCAAGACUGCUCGAUCUACGCUGGCGGUGACACCGCGCCUGUCCUGAUGGAAUCGACGGAACCCCUCACCCUGGACAACAUCCUGGGGUACGAAGCAGCCGAGAGCGGCGACUGCAUCAUAGACGUCCCACCGGAAAGCGGGGACGAUCUUAUCGUGCAACUGAAUUCCUACGCGAUCCUGUCCAAGGACGGCGACUGCUGGGUUUGGGACUAG